AUGACCGCCGUCUGGCUUCUUCCCAUCGUCAGUUGCAUUGUUGCCGCCUCCACGGGUGCCACUGUCGCUGAGGUCCUCACGAAUGCCCAACACGCACUGUGGACUGUACUCGCCAGCUACAUAUUGUGGGGAAUCGGGGUGCCACUAUCUUUGAUGGUGAUGGUUAUUUAUCUGCAGCGCCUCACUCUCCAUAAACUGCCUCCCAAGACCGUCAUUGUCAGCGUUUUCCUGCCACUGGGCCCAUUGGGUCAGGGGGGAUACGGGUUAGUUCAAUCGUCCCAGUCCAAGAUCUACGGCAAUUCCAUACUAAUAAUGGCCAGAGCAAUGAAAUUAGGUCAGUGCGCGAAAGAGAUCUUUCCCAAGACAGGAACCCUCGAGCAAUCGUCUGGACCCACCUUCUACACGCUGGGGUUCCUUGUUGCGCUGAUUUUCUGGGCAUUUGGGCUCGUCUGGCUUUUCUUCGCAUUGGCAUCGAUCGUGCGAUCCAAGCAUUUUCCCUUCAACAUUGGAUGGUGGGGGUUCACCUUUCCGCUGGGGGUGUUUGCCACUAGCACUUGUCAGAUGGGAACCGAGCUGCCGUCCGGGUUCUUCCGUAUAUUGGGUACAAUUCUGUCCUUGGCUGUGGUCGCUUUGUGGAUAGCAGUCGGCGCUGGAACUUUAAAGGGAGCCAUGUCUGGGCAGUUGUUCUUUGCUCCAUGUUUAGCGGAUCUUAGGGUCCAAGAAGAAGACAAAGAUGCUGGGAAGGUAGCAUGA